UCCAGUCCUUUGCCAAAAGUCCAAAGCUGCAUUUUCAGUGGCUCAGAUGAUCACUGGUACCACAAGGUUUUGGUCACUUUUCCACUCCUAAUAAUUUAAACCAGAAUCCUCGGACACUUCUGCCAAAAUUUUAUGGCUUGUACUGCAUGCAGUCAGGAGGUACUAACAUAAGAAUUGUGGUUAUGAACAAUGUGUUGCCACGCUCUGUCCGGAUGCAUCACAAGUACGAUUUGAAGGGCUCAACUUAUAAACGGAGGGCAUCCAGAAAAGAGAGAGAAAAAGAUAUACCCACAUUCAAAGACUUGGACUUUAUACAAGAUACACCAGAUGGCCUAUUUUUUGAUGCUGAGACUUAUAAUGCAUUGAUUAAAACACUUCAGAGGGAUUGUCGGGUAUUGGAAAGUUUCAAAAUCAUGGACUAUAGUCUGCUGUUGGGAAUUCAUAAUUUGGACCUGGCCAUUAAAGAGAGAGAAAAAGAAGCAGAAAACCUCCAGACUGCCUCAGAUGGGAAACGCCCGGGUGGGCAGAAGGUCUUGUAUUCCACAGCCUUAGAAUCUAUACAAGGUGCAACCAAAUCGGGAGAAUCUGUUGGAACAGAUGACAUAAUGGGUGGUAUACCAGCCAAAAAUAGUAAAGGCGAGAGACUGCUACUUUACAUGGCCAUUAUUGACAUUCUACAGUCUUACAGGUUCAUUAAGAAGCUGGAACACUCCUGGAAAGCACUCGUCUAUGAUGGAGACUCAGUUUCAGUCCAUAGACCAGGAUUCUACGCUGACCGCUUUUUAAAGUUCAUGAGUAGUCGAGUAUUUAAGAAGACCCUGUCAUUGCGACCAUCUCCUUCAAAGAAGGCUCGUAAUUCCAUUCCAGCUAUAAAAUACAUAGGACAGGAAGUUUCAUCCUCUGGAACAAUGCAGGAUACAACUGAGGGAAAGAACGAGCUGCUGUCUGGAACCAGGAGCUAUUUUAGUCUUGAUGGAGAAGCAAUAGGAUAUCGGAGACGACCGGACCUGCUUCCCAGCACCACAUCGUUAUGUGAAGCAGCCUCCUUAGCGACAACCCUUUCCUCGACAUCAUUAUUUCUGAAUGAACAGACACCGUCUGAAGGAACUGCAAAUUCUUCACACAAGGAGGGAAACCCGACUAGUUCCACUGUUACUUUGGAAGACAGUGCAAUCUGUUUAACGUUGGAGCAAAGUACACUAGAAAUAGAAAAUGAUGAUGAUUCCGAGUUUGACAUUCACUUGUAAACCACAUGAAGAAUGAAUUGAACAUCUGGCAGGAGAGGAAGAAUAUAAAUCCAAGCUGACCAUUCUUUUACUUAGAAAAGAAGGAAACUCCGACUCAUGAAGAAUUCAGAUGAAAAUCUUGUUUGGUGAACAAGAUUGCAUGACCUCUGGCACAUGUCAUAGACUUUCGCGAACUGACAUUAAAUGACACAGGAUUCACAAGGAACAUUUCAUACCUAAGCAUUAAGUCUGUAUUGCUGCUAUAUGAAUGCAGUUUUACUCCCCAUUUUUUGUGAUCCCACCUGACCAACUGAAGCGAGUUUGUCAUUUCUACUGGUUCUGAAAUUCUACCAGAUUUAUAUUUUGUUACUUCAAUAGUUUGAUUGCAUACAUUUCAGUGUCUGGCGGUACAAAAAAAGUUUUUUUCUCAGAUACCAAAAACACUUAUGCCUGAAGCGUAAUUGUUAACUCUUCUAUUUUGCUAAAUUUCCUAAGAAGCAGUCUUUUAAUUAGCCUCUGGAUAAAAUUGUCUACUUUGUACUUGCAUUCAAUUGCAAUGUUUGCACAUUGACUACAUUAACAGUUACUCUAGAAUCCCUAGUUUUGCUUACCUGUCAGUUGAAACAGAAAAAUGUUUACAGAAAUGUGUGUACUUCAUCUCAAUAUCUAUUUUAAAAAAAAAAUGACAAAAGGUCUAUUUUAAUGAAGUCUUUUGGGGUGGUCUUAAAAGUCUCUGUAAAUAAAUAUCUUUAAAAUUGUGAAGGAGUUUGCUUGAGAAAUGCUUCCUAUAACUUAAUGUCCACUUAAUGAAGUAUUGUACAGAAUUAUUUGACAAAACUAUCUUCCAAAUUGUAUAGUAUAAACACUUGAAUGGCCUGCUAAAAUUUAUGCUGCAUAUUAUGUAUGUAGGUGGUAUAGGACUUGUGUUUUGCUGCCAUUCUGAAGUAGAAUCAUGUUUUUAAAAAAUCAUAUUCAGAUUAUUUAAAUGUUACACAUUAUUGAGCCUUUAUGUUUAUUUAAAUUAUGUCUUGCUGUAACUUCUCUAUAAUGAGACAAUUUAUGAAAAGGGGAAAUGUUUGGCAUCCCCCAGUGGACAUUGUUCAGCACUACAGCAUCCUGAGCAAACUGAAUUUUGGUUUUGUUGAUCAGUUCUGAAUCAAAUAGAAAGCACUUGGAAAGAAAUGACCAGCAAAGAAUUAAUAAAAGCAAGUUGAACAUAA